CCCAAGGUGGGGGUCAUCGUACCUUACUGUACGGUCAUGCCAUCCUUCUGAGACACAACCACUCAGGAAUGUACCUGAGUUGUUUGACCACGUCUCGCUCACUCACGGACAAGCUGGCCUUUGACGUGGGCUUACAAGAAGAUUCCACUGGUGAGGCAUGUUGGUGGACCAUUCAUCCCGCCUCUAAGCAAAGGUCAGAAGGCGAAAAGGUCAGGGUGGGUGACGACCUCAUCCUUGUCAGUGUGUCCUCUGAAAGAUACCUGCACCUGUCCUAUGCCAGUGGAGAUCUGAUGGUGGAUGCCUCCUUUAUGCAGACUCUGUGGAACAUGAACCCAAUCAGUUCAGGAUGUGAAUUAGUUGAAGGGUUUCUGACGGGAGGUCAUGUUCUAAGGCUCUUCCACGGGCACAUGGAUGAGUGUCUGGCCAUCUCUACACCAGAGGAAGGAGAGGAAAAGCGCAGGAUGGCUCACUAUGAAGGCGGUGCUGUGUGCAGUCAGGCUCGAUCCCUGUUGAGGUUGGAGCCUCUAAGAAUCAGCUGGAGCGGUAGCCACAUGAAGUGGGGGCAAUCUUUCCGUAUUCGCCACAUCACCACAGGCCGGUACCUGUGUCUGGAUGAAGAAAAGGGCCUGUUGGUGGUCGACCCAGAGAGGGCAAACACCAAACUAUCUGCUUUCUGCUUCCGUCCUUCAAAGGAAAAGGUGGAGUUGGCUCAGAAGCGUGAUGUUGAAGGGAUGGGCAAUCCAGAGAUAAAGUAUGGCGAGUCAAUGUGCUUCGUCCAGCACGUGUCCACAGGCCUGUGGCUCACAUAUGCGGCCCUGGACGCCAAAGCUGCUCGUUUGGGAAUGAUGAAGAGAAAGGCCAUUCUGCACCAGGAGGGUCAUAUGGAUGAUGCCCUAACUGUGUCCCGCUCCCAGACUGAAGAGUCUCAGGCGGCUCGAAUGAUUUACAGCACUAUAGGCCUCUUCAGGCAGUUCAUCAGGGGAUUGGACUCUCUGAGCGGAAAGAACAAGUCACCAGGGGCAAUGUCGCUCCCUCUGGAAGGGGUCAUCCUCUCUCUUCAGGAUCUCAUUUUCUACUUUCGUCCACCUGAGGAGGAACUGGAGCACGAGGAGAAACAGACCAAGCUCCGCUCCCUCCGCAACCGGCAGAACCUCUUCCAAGAGGAGGGUAUGAUCACCAUCGUACUGGAGUGCAUCGACCGCCUGAAUGUGUACAACACUGCUGCUCACUUCUCUGAAUUUGCUGGGGAAGAAGCUGCAGAGUCCUGGAAGGAGAUUGUCAACCUCCUUUAUGAGCUUCUGGCUUCUCUAAUCAGGGGGAACCGCUCCAAUUGCGCAUUAUUCUGUGACAAUCUGGACUGGCUGGUCAGCAAGCUGGACCGUCUGGAGGCCUCCUCCGGUAUACUUGAGGUGCUGUACUGUGUGCUAAUUGAAAGCCCUGAGGUUCUGAACAUCAUCCAGGAAAACCAUAUCAAAUCUAUCAUCUCUCUCCUGGACAAGCAUGGAAGGAACCACAAGGUCCUGGAUGUCUUGCGCUCUCUCUGUGUGUGUAACGGUGUAGCUGUGAGGUCCAACCAGAACCUCAUCACUGAAAACCUGCUUCCGGGUCGUGAGCUCUUGCUGCAGACCAACAUUGUAAACUAUGUCACCAGCGUGAGGCCCAACAUCUUCCUGGGUACAUGUGAGGGGUCAACGCAGUAUAAGAAGUGGUACUAUGAGAUGAUGGUAGACUAUGUGGAACCCUUUGUGACAGCACAGUCUACCCACCUGCGUGUGGGCUGGGCUAUGACUGAGGGCUACAGCCCCUACCCUGGAGGAGGAGAAGGCUGGGGAGGAAAUGGUGUGGGAGAUGACCUCUACUCCUACGGCUUUGAUGGACUGCAUCUAUGGUCAGGUACCGUAGCCCGCCAGGUGGCUUCGCCCAGUGCACACACCCUGGCUGCUGAUGAUGUCGUCAGCUGCUGUCUGGAUCUGAGCGUGCCCAGUAUCUCCUUCCGUAUCAAUGGCCACCCAGUUCAGGGCAUGUUUGAAAACUUCAAUGUGGAUGGCCUCUUCUUCCCUGUCAUCAGCUUCUCUGCUGGAGUCAAGGCUCGGUUUCUUCUUGGUGGUCGUCAUGGAGACUUCAAGUUCAUGCCCCCGCCUGGCUAUUCCCCGUGCUAUGAGGCUCUGCUGCCUAGAGAGAGGAUGCGCAUUGAACCCAUCAAGGAGUACAAGCACGACUUCGAUGGUGUGCGCAACCUGCUGGGUCCCACCCAGUCCCUCACCCACACCUCGUUCACCCCCUGCCCUGUGGACACUGUUCAGAUUGUGUUGCCACCCCACUUGGAGCGUAUCCGAGAGAAGCUGGCAGAGAAUAUUCACGAGCUCUGGGCUGUCACUCGUAUUGAGCAGGGCUGGACCUAUGGGACUGUCAGGGAUGACAACAAGAAACUCCAUCCUUGUCUGGUGGACUUCCAGGGUCUCCCUGAACCAGAGAGGAAUUACAACCUGCAGAUGUCUGGCGAGACUCUCAAGACUCUCCUGGCGCUUGGUUGUCACGUUGGUAUGGGUGACGAGAAAGCAGAGGAGAAUCUCAAGAAGAUUAAACUACCCAAGACCUAUGUGAUGAGCAAUGGCUACAAGCCUGCCCCCCUUGACCUCAGCCACGUGAAACUGACACCAAACCAGAACCAGCUUGUAGAAAAACUAGCAGAAAAUGGGCAUAAUGUUUGGGCAAGGGACCGGGUACGACAAGGAUGGACCUACAGUAUUGUGCAGGACAUCUUAAAUAAGCGAAACCCUCGUCUGGUACCUUACAACCUGCUGGACGAGAGAACUAAGAAAACCAACCGAGACAGUGUUAACAAUGCUGUCCGCACCCUCAUUGGCUAUGGCUACAACAUUGAACCACCAGAUCAGGAGAGCAGUAAGUCAGACAUCUCCAGUAUCUCCAGCGAUCUUAUACGAAUCUUCAGGGCAGAGAAGUCGUAUGCUGUCACCCAAGGGAAGUGGUACUUUGAGUUUGAGGCAGUGACCACGGGGGAGAUGAGAGUGGGCUGGGCACGUCCCAAUGUCCGCUCUGACACUGAACUGGGAGCAGAUGAACUGGCUUACGUCUUUAAUGGCAAUAAGGCCCAAAGAUGGCAUAUUGGCAAUGAACCAUUUGGCCGCCAGUGGCAGUCUGGUGAUGUAGUUGGUUGUAUGAUUGACCUUACUGAGAUGAACAUCAUGUUCACACUCAACGGAGAAAUGCUGAUCAGUGACUCAGGCUCGGAGAUGGCUUUCAAAGACAUUGAAAUUGGAGAAGGUUUUAUCCCAGUGUGUGCUCUGAGCUUGUCUCAGGUCGGAAGGAUUAAUCUCGGUCAGAAUGUCAGCAGCCUGCGCUACUUUGCAAUCUGCGGCCUGCAGGAAGGAUUUGAACCUUUUGCCAUCAACAUGAAGCGAGACAUUACCAUGUGGUUCAGUAAAAGUUUGCCCCAGUUUGUGCCUGUACCGACUGAUCACAAUCAUAUUGAGGUCUCCCGUGUGGAUGGGACUGUGGACAGCGCCCCCUGUCUGAAGCUGACCCAUAAAACCUUUGGCUCCCAGAAUGCCAAUACCGAUAUGCUGUUCCUCAGACUCAGCAUGCCCAUCCAGUUCCACGAGACCUUCAAGAUCCCAGCAGGCACCACCCCUCUCACCCGUGCCCUCACCAUCCCAGAGGAGGAAGUGGUAGUGGUGGAGCCCGACUCAGAGUUUGAAGUUCUGAAGAAGUCUGCCAGCCGCAAGGAGCAGGAGGAGGAAAAGAAAGAGCCGUCUGUACCUAAGGAAAUCUCUGUGGAAAAUGAGAAGGACACACUGUCAGAAAAGGGAAAGAAAAAAGGGUUUUUCUCCAAGGCUAGGAAGGCUGCCAUGACACCUCUCGCCCCUCCUCCUGCACCGCCAACAAUGCCACGUUUGGUGGAAGACGUGGUCCCUGAUGACAGAGAUGACCGUGAGAUCAUCCUGAGUACCACCACUUAUUUCUAUUCUGUGAGGAUAUUUGCUGGGCAGGAGCCCUCUGGUGUGUGGAUUGGCUGGGUCGCUCCGGACUACCACCAGUACGAUCCAACCUUUGACCUCUCCAAAGUGCGCAGUGUCACUGUUACUGUGGGAGAUGACAAAGGCAACAUACACGAUAGUAUGAAGCACAGUAACUGUUACAUGGUAUGGGGAGGGGACUUGGUCAGCAAUCAGCAGACCCGCUUCAGCCAGGAGGACAUGGUGGUCGGCUGUCUGGUCGACCUGGCAACGGGUCUCAUGACCUUUACAGCCAAUGGAAAGGAGAUAAACACCUUCUACCAGGUGGAGCCCAACACCAAGCUGUUCCCUGCCGUCUUCAUUCAGCCCUCCAAUCAGAACAUGCUGCAGCUGGAGCUGGGCAAACUCAAGAACAUCAUGCCCAUCUCGGCAGCCAUGUUCCGCAGCGAGCGUAGGAACCCAGUCCCCCAGUGCCCUCCCAGGCUGGAUGUCCAGAUGCUGACCCCAGUUAUCUGGAGUCGUAUGCCCAAUCACUUCCUCAACCCGGAGGUGGGCAGAGUGAGUGAGAGGUUGGGCUGGAUGGUGGAGUGUACUGAACCUCUCAUCAUGAUGGCCCUGCACAUUCCAGAGGAGAACAGGUGUAUUGACAUUCUGGAGCUGUCGGAGCGUCAGGAUCUGAUGAAGUUCCACUACCACACCCUCAUGCUCUACUGCGCCGUGUGUGCACUUGGCAACAACCGAGUGGCUCAUGCCCUGUGCAGCCAUGUGGAUGAAUCCCAGCUUUUCUAUGCCAUCGAGAACACCUACCUUCCCGGACCUCUCCGCAGCGGCUACUAUGACCUGCUCAUCAGCAUCCACCUGGAGUCUGCUAAGCGGUCACGCCUGGGCACCAACAGGGAGUUUAUCGUCCCCAUGACUGAAGACACUCUCAGCAUCCAUCUCUAUCCUGAUGCAAAGAAGGCCUAUUCUCUCCCCGGUGUUGGCCUCACCACCUGCUUACAGCCCAAGCUGCAUUUCUCAUCCAUCAACUUUGUCGGCACGGACCCUGAUCUGUACACCCUUAGUCCUGUCUUCCCUCUACAAGAGCUGAAGACCAGGGCGAUUAGCAUGCUAACAGAGGCCGUGCUGGAUGGUAGCCAGGCCAUGCGGGAUCCAGUAGGAGGCAGUGUGGAGUUCCACUUUGUCCCAAUCCUGAAACUGAUAAGUACAUUGCUCAUUAUGGGCAUCUUCAACGACGAAGACACCAAGCACAUCCUCAAGAUGAUCGAUCCCAAUGUUUUCAGUGGAAAGGAAGAGGAGGAGGAGGAGGAGGGGGGAGAAAAAGAGAAGGAGGCAGAGGCAAUGGAGGCAGAACUAAAAGAGGAGGAGGAGGGUUUGGAGGAAGGAUUACUCCAGAUGAAGCUGCCAGAGUCUGUCAAACUGCAGAUGUGCAAACUCCUGCAGUACUUUUGCGACUGCGAGCUGCGACACAGAGUGGAAGCCAUUGUGGCCUAUUCAGACCAAUUUGUCCACGAUAUCCAGAACAACCAACGAAUCCGUUACAGCCAGUUAAUGAGAGCCUUCACCAUGACGGCUGCUGAGACUGCACGCAAGACCCGCGAGUUCCGUUCACCACCACAAGACCAGGUUCUUUUGCUGACAAACUUUAAACACGGUCCAGAGGAUGAGGACUGUCCAGUACCUGAGGAGGUGCGAGAUACUCUGGGAGAGUUCCACAAUGACCUCCUGCUUCACUGCGGUAUACAUAUUGAGGAGGAGGCAGAAGAGGAGGAGGUGGACACCUCACUGAGGGGCAGACUCCUCAGUCUGGUGGACAAGAUCAAGAGCUUGCGCAAGAAGGAGGAGGAGGAGAAGCCAGAGGUUGAAGAGGAGCCAAAACCCAGCACCCUUCAGGAACUGAUCUCCCACACCAUGAUCCACUGGGCCCAGGAGUCGUUCAUCCAGAACCCUGAGCUGGUGCGUCUAAUGUUCAGCCUGCUCCACAGACAGUAUGAUGGCCUGGGCGAGCUGAUCCGAGCGCUGCCCAAAGCCUACGCCAUCAACGCCGUGUCUGUUCAGGACACGAUAGACCUACUUGAGUGUUUAGGACAGAUACGUUCGCUGCUUAUUGUCCAGAUGGGCCCAGAAGAAGAGCGGCUCAUGAUCCAGAGCAUCGGGAACAUCAUGAACAACAAGGUGUUCUACCAACACCCCAAUCUGAUGAGAGCACUCGGUAUGCAUGAGACUGUCAUGGAGGUGAUGGUCAACGUGUUGGGCGGAGGAGGAGACUCAAAGGAGAUUCGAUUCCCUCAGAUGGUUACCAACUGCUGUCGUUUCCUGUGUUACUUCUGUCGUAUCAGCCGACAGAACCAGCGCUCCAUGUUUGACCAUUUGAGCUACCUGCUACAGAACAGUGGCAUCGGCUUGGGGAUGCGUGGGUCCACACCUCUGGAUGUGGCUGCUGCUUCCUGCAUUGACAAUAAUGAGCUGGCGUUGGCUUUGCAAGAGCAGGACCUGGACAUGGUGGUGACAUACUUGGCGGGCUGUGGACUGCAGAUGUGUCCAAUGCUCAUGUCUAAGGGCUACCCUGACAUCGGCUGGAAUCCCGGUGGUGGAGAACGAUACCUGGAUUUCCUCCGCUUUGCUGUCUUUGUUAAUGGGGAGAGCGUAGAGGAGAACGCCAAUGUAGUGGUGCGUCUGCUCAUCCGUCGGCCCGAGUGCUUUGGCCCGGCCCUGAGAGGGGAGGGCGGGAAUGGUCUGCUGGCUGCCAUGGAGGAGGCCAUCAAGAUCUCAGAGGAUCCAGCAAGGGAUGGACCCACUGUCAAAAAAGGUAAUAGCAAAACUUGAUCAACUGAUCAGCAGGAGGAGAACCGUGUGCAUCUGGGAAAUGCUAUCAUGUCCUUCUACUCAGCCCUCAUUGAUCUGCUGGGUCGCUGUGCCCCUGAAAUGCAUCUGAUCCAAGCAGGCAAGGGUGAAGCUCUCAGAAUCAGGGCCAUCCUGAGGUCUCUGGUGCCCAUUGAGGACCUGGUGGGAGUCAUCAGCUUGCCUGUGCAGAUUCCUGCCUACGGCAAAGAUGGUCAGAUUAUUGAGCCCAAGAUGUCCGCCAGUUUUGUGCCAGACCACAAGGCCUCCAUGGUCCUGUUCCUUGACAGAGUGUAUGGUAUUGAGAACCAGGACUUCUUGCUUCAUGUGCUGGAGGUUGGCUUCCUGCCUGACAUGAGAGCUGCAGCUUCUCUGGACACGGUGGCAUUCAGUACGACUGAAAUGGCCUUGGCACUGAACCGCUACCUCUGUUCGGCUGUUCUGCCUCUGCUCACCAAGUGUGCCCCGUUGUUUGCCGGGACAGACCACCGGGCCAUCAUGAUCGACUCCAUGCUCCACACCAUCUAUCGUCUGUCUCGUGGCCGAGCCCUUACCAAGGCUCAGAGGGAUGUCAUUGAGGAGUGCCUCAUGUCGCUCUGCAAGUACCUUCGACCCUCCAUGCUGCAGCAUCUGCUUAGACGGCUGGUAUUUGAUGUGCCCAUCCUCAAUGAAUAUGCAAAGAUGCCUCUUAAGCUGUUGACCAAUCACUACGAGCGCUGUUGGAAGUAUUACUGCUUGCCUAACGGAUGGGCUAAUUUCGGGGUGACUUCAGAGGAAGAGCUGCAUCUUUCUCGUAAACUCUUUUGGGGAAUCGUUGAAUCUUUGGCGCACAAGAAAUUUGAUGCAGAACUCUUCAAGAUCGCCAUGCCCUGCCUCUGUGCUAUAGCGGGAGCCAUCCCUCCUGACUAUGUGGAUGCCAGCUAUUCCUCUCCCACUGAGAAAAAGGCCUCUGUGGAUGCUGAGGGCAACUUUGAUCCCAAACCAGUGGAGACCACCAAUACCAUCAUCCCAGAGAGGCUGGAUGCCUUCAUCAACAAGUAUGCAGAGCACACUCAUGACAAAUGGGCCUUCGAAAAGAUUCAGAACAACUGGACCUAUGGAGAGGUGUUAGAUGAGAAUGCUAAGACUCACCCAAUGCUUCGACCAUACAAAACGUUCUCUGAAAAGGACAAGGAGAUCUAUCGUUGGCCCAUCAAAGAAUCCAUCAAAGCUAUGCUGGCCUGGGAGUGGACCUUGGAGAAAGCCAGGGACGGGGAGGGAGAAGUGGAGAAGAAGGCCACCACACGCAAGAUCUCCCAAACUGCUCAGGCCACUUACGAUCCCAGUCAUGGCUACAGCCCUCAGCCAGUAGACAUCUCAGGGAUGACCUUGUCCAGAGAGUUGCAGUCUAUGGCUGAGCAGCUGGCAGAAAACUAUCACAACACCUGGGGCAGGAAGAAGAAGUUGGAGCUACAGGCCAAAGGCGGUGGCACCCAUCCACUGCUUGUUCCUUAUGACACCCUGACGGCUAGGGAGAAGGCAAGGGACAGGGAGAAGGCCCAGGACCUUCUCAAGUUCCUCCAGCUCAAUGGAUACGCUGUUACUAGGGGUCUGAAGGACAUGGAGCAAGACAUUUCCUCUAUUGAGAAGCGUUUUGCCUAUGGCUUCCUCCAGAAGCUUCUUAAAUGGAUGGACAUCGCCCAAGAGUUCAUUGCUCAUCUUGAGGCUGUGGUUAGCAGUGGUAGAGUGGAGAAGUCACCACACGAACAAGAGAUCAAAUUCUUUGCCAAGAUUCUCUUGCCUCUGAUAAAUCAAUACUUCAAGAAUCACUGCCUGUACUUCCUCUCCACUCCUGCGAAAGUCUUGGGUAGUGGAGGGCAUUCCUCCAAUAAGGAGAAGGAGAUGAUUGCAAGUAUCUUCUGUAAGUUGGCUGCUUUGGUGAGGCACAGAGUAUCUCUUUUUGGAACGGAUGCAAGUGCAGUGGUGAAUUGUCUGCACAUUCUCUCGCGAUCACUGGAUGCCAGGACUGUUAUGAAAUCAGGCCCUGAGAUUGUGAAGGCUGGCUUGCGUCAGUUCUUUGAGAGUGCCGCAGAUGACAUUGAGAAGAUGGUUGAAAAUCUAAAACUGGGUAAAGUGUCCAGUCGAAACCAGGUUAAGGGUGUGGCCCAGAACAUCAACUACACCACCACUGCUCUGCUGCCAGUCCUCACUUCACUGUUUGACCAUAUCGCCCAGCACCAGUUUGGAGAUGACGUCAUGUUGGACGACUUGCAAAUAUCCUGCUAUCGUUUAAUGUGCAGUAUCUACUCUUUGGGCACUGUGAAGACUCAACAUGCAGAGAAACAGCGACCAGCUCUUGGCGAGUGUUUGGCCCACUUAGCAGCUGCAAUGCCAGUAGCCUUCCUUGAGCCAGUACUGAAUGAGUUCAACAUGUUUUCUGUUUACACCACCAAGACUCCCAGAGAGAGAUCCAUUCUGGGUCUCCCCAACCAAGUGGAGGAGCUUUGCCCUGAUAUCCCAGAGCUGGAGAUCCUGAUGAAGGAGAUCAAUGACCUAGCUGAGUCUGGGGCUCGCUACACAGAAAUGCCCCAUGUGAUUGAGAUCACCCUGCCCAUGUUGUGUAACUAUCUCCCACGCUGGUGGGAGAGGGGCCCAGAGAAUUCCCCCGAGCAGGAGGGCCAGCUCUGCACCGCUGUCACCUCCGAGCAUCUCAACCAGCUGCUGGGGAGCAUCAUGAAGAUUGUGGUUAACAACCUGGGGAUAGAUGAGGCCUCCUGGAUGAAGAGAUUGGCUGUGUUCGCCCAGCCCAUUGUCAGCAGGGCUAAACCAGAGAUGCUUAAAUCCCACUUCAUCCCCACUAUGGAAAAACUGAAGAAGCGCUCAGGAAAAGUAGUGGCCGAGGAGGAUCAGCUGCGCAUGGAGGGCAAGACAGAGGUGGACAGCGAAGACGGGACCAUCCGAGAUGAGUUUGCUGUGCUGUGUCGGGACCUGUAUGCCCUCUACCCGUUGCUCAUCCGCUACGUGGACAAUAACAGGGCAAGGUGGCUGACCUGUCCAGAUCCAGAUGCAGAAGAACUUUUCAGGAUGGUGGGAGAGGUCUUCAUUUUCUGGUCCAAAUCACAUAACUUUAAGAGGGAGGAGCAGAACUUUGUGGUGAUGAAUGAAAUCAACAACAUGUCCUUCCUGACAGCUGACAGUAAGAGCAAGAUGAGCAAGUCCGGAGGCUCAGAGCAGGAGCGCACCAAGAAGAAGCGGCGAGGGGACCGCUACUCUGUGCAGACCUCCCUUAUCGUAGCAGCAUUAAAGAAGAUGCUUCCCAUCGGCCUCAAUAUGUGCUCUCCCGCAGACCAGGAGCUCAUCAAUCUUGCCAAGAUCAGAUACUCACUGAAAGACACAGAUGAAGAGGUGAGGGAGUUCUUGCACAACAAUCUGCAUCUUCAAGGCAAGGUGGAAGACCCAGCUAUGCGCUGGCAGAUGUCUCUGUAUAAGGAGAUGUCUGGAAAGGCCGAAGAUGCCGAGGACCCUGAGAAGGUGGUUAAAAGGGUACAAGAGGUGUCCGCUGUCCUUUACCACAUUGAGGUGACUGAGCACCCCUUCAAGUCAAAGAAAAUGGUGUGGCACAAGCUGCUGUCCAAACAGCGUCGCAGGGCAGUGGUGGCCUGUUUCAGGAUGACACCUCUGUACAACAUCCCCACGCACAGGGCAACCAACAUGUUCUUGGAUGCUUACAAGCGCAACUGGUUAGAGACCGAGGGUUACUCAUUUGAGGACAAGAUGAUUGACGACUUAUCUAAAGCCAUGGAAGAAGAGGAGGAAGAGGAAGAGGAGACCGAGACGAAGCCUGACCCCCUUCAUCAGCUGAUUCUUCAUUUUAGCCGCACAGCUCUCACAGAAAAGACUAAGCUUGAGGUUGACCAUCUCUAUAUGUCAUAUGCUGAUAUUAUGGCAAAGAGCUGCCACAUUGGUGAGGAGGACGAAGGGGGAGAACAAGAGGGGGAGGAGCCAGCCUUUGAGGAAAAGGAGAUGGAGAAACAGAGGCUUCUGUACCAGCAGUCCCGUCUACACAACCGUGGUGCUGCGGAGAUGGUACUGCAGAUGAUCAGUGCCUGUAAAGGCGAACCUGGAGCCAUGGUUUCUUCCACACUCAAACUGGGAAUCUCCAUCCUCAAUGGAGGCAACAGCGAUGUACAGCAGAGAAUGCUGGACUAUCUGAAGGAUAAAAAGGAUGUGGGAUUCUUCCUCAGCAUUCAGUCUCUGAUGCAGACCUGCAGCGUUUUGGAUCUGAAUGCUUUUGAGAGACAGAAUAAGGCCGAAGGACUUGGGAUGGUUUCAGAGGAAGGCACCAAUGAGAAAGUGAUGGCAGACGAUGAGUUUACGUGUGACCUCUUCCGUUUCCUGCAGCUUCUUUGUGAGGGCCACAAUAACGAUUUUCAGAACUACCUGAGAACUCAGACAGGCAGCACCACUACCAUCAAUAUCAUCAUCUGCACUGUAGACUACCUGCUUCGACUACAGGAGUCGAUCAGUGACUUUUACUGGUACUACUCAGGAAAAGACAUAAUUGAUGAGCCUGGUAAGAGGAAUUUCUCCAAAGCCAUGACCGUGGCCAAGCAGGUCUUCAACAGCUUGACUGAGUACAUCCAGGGUCCCUGUACUGGUAACCAGCAGUCUCUGGCCCACAGCAGGUUGUGGGACGCUGUUGUGGGCUUCCUGCACGUCUUUGCUCAUAUGAUGAUGAAGCUUGCUCAGGACUCCAGUCAAAUUGGACUCUUGAAGGAACUGUUGGAUUUGCAGAAGGACAUGGUAGUGAUGCUUCUGUCUCUGCUGGAAGGCAAUGUAGUGAAUGGCACCAUUGCCAAGCAGAUGGUUGACAUGCUGGUGGAGUCCUCCAGCAACGUGGAGAUGAUCCUGAAAUUCUUUGACAUGUUCCUCAAGCUCAAGGACAUAGUGGCAUCUGAUGCCUUCCGAGACUACGUGACCGAUCCCCGUGGGCUAAUCUCCAAGAAGGACUUCUCCAAGGCCAUGGACAGCCAGAAGCAAUACUCUCCCUCAGAAAUCCAGUUCCUCCUCUCCUGCUCAGAGGCUGAUGAGAAUGAGAUGAUCAACUUUGAGGAAUUUGCCGAUCGUUUCCAGGAGCCGGCCAAAGACAUUGGUUUCAAUAUCGCCGUUCUGCUCACUAACCUGUCAGAGCACGUACCUCAUGAUACUCGCCUACAGAACUUCCUGGAGCAGGCCGAGAGUGUGCUCAACUACUUUCGCCCUUUCCUUGGCCGCAUUGAGAUCAUGGGAGCCAGCAGGAAGAUUGAGCGUAUUUACUUUGAAAUCAGUGAGGCGAACCGCAACCAGUGGGAAAUGCCACAAGUCAGAGAGUCCAAACGGCAGUUCAUCUUUGAUGUGGUCAAUGAGGGCGGUGAGAGUGAGAAAAUGGAGUUGUUUGUGAACUUCUGUGAGGACACCAUCUUUGAGAUGAACAUUGCCGCAUCUAUCUCUGAGCCUGAGGGAGAUGGUGCAGAAGAGGAAGACGAUGAGGAGGAAGAGGAGGGUGGAGGAGAUGAAGGAGAGUCUGGAGAAGGUGAUGAGGGCAACGGAGAAGGGGAAGUUCCAGAGUCAACCUCAGCGUUUGCAGACUUUCUGAAGAGCGUGGUUAACUUCCUCAACAUGUUCACCUUCCGUAACCUGCGGCGUCAGUACCGCAAACUAAGAAAAAUGACAGUGAAGGAGAUGGUGAUCGGCCUGGCUACAUUUAUAUACACUAUUCUGAUGGGUAUCCUGAUGUUUGUGUACAGUAUAUGUAAAGGUUUCUUCACAUUCAUAUGGAAGGUGCUGUUUGGUGGAGGUUUAGUGGAGGGCGCCAAGAAGAUGACCGUGACAGAGAUCCUAGCAAGUAUGCCGGAUCCAACACAGGAUGAAGUUCACGGGGACCUGCCACCGGAACCAGGAGCUAGAGAGGUUCAAGAUGCAGACGGAGCGGCAGAACUCUUAGAUGCUGUGGGAGGAGAGGAGGAAGAAGAGGAUGGUGAGGAGAGGGAAGGUGGACGCCUGCCUGGUUUCAAUGCUCCUGGGGGACUUGGAGACUUUGGUGAGACGACACCUGAAGAGCCUCCAACUCCAGAGGGCACGCCUCUGCUGAAGAGGAAAUUGUUGGCUGCUGCAGUGGGAGGACAAGGAGAGGAAGAAAACGUUGAACCUGAAGAAGAGGCUCCUCAGGAGACUGAGAAAGCAGACACCGAGAACGGAGAGAAGGCAGAGAAGGCAGAGAAGGCAGAGAAGGCAGAACCUGAACCUGAGGUAAAGGAGGAAGAGCCAGAGGAGAAAGAGGAAACGACGGUAAAGACCAAGGCAAAGAAGGACAAGAAAACUGCUGAGGAGGGCUUUGAGCUGUGGAAUGAGCUGGAGGUUCAGAGGAUUAAAUUCAUGAACUACCUUUCUCGUAACUUCUACAACUUUCGGUUCUUGGCCCUGUUCAUCGCCUUCGCUCUCAAUUUCAUCCUGCUCUUCUACAAGGUGUCUGACAGUCCUCCAGGUGAGGAGGAUUUCGAGGGUUCCGGUCUGUUUGAGGGCUCUGGCCUAUUUGAAGGCUCCGGUGCUGAGGAGGAUGGGUCUGGAUUAGAUGACGGAGGAGAAGAUGACGAUGAGGAAGGCCCCAUGUACUACUUCUUGGAGGAGAGCACGGGUUACAUGGAACCAGCCAUGGCUUUCCUCGGCAUCGUCCACACCAUCAUCUCCUUCCUUUGCAUCAUCGGGUACAACUGCCUCAAGGUCCCUCUGGUUAUCUUCAAGAGGGAGAAGGAGCUGGCCAGAAAGCUGGAGUUUGAUGGUCUCUAUGUCACUGAGCAGCCAGAAGACGAUGACAUCAAGGGCCAAUGGGACAGACUGGUGCUCAACACGCCCACUUUCCCCAACAAUUACUGGGACAAGUUUGUGAAAAGAAAGGUGCUGGAUAAAUAUGGUGACAUCUAUGGCAGAGAGAGGAUUGCAGAGUUGCUCGGUAUGGACUUGGCUUCUCUAGACGUCAGUGCAAUGACGCAUGAAAAGAAGCCUGAACCAGACACCUCAAUGUUCAGCUGGAUAACAUCUAUUGACAUCAAGUACCAGAUCUGGAAGUUUGGUGUUGUGUUCACUGACAAUACCUUCCUCUACCUGGUUUGGUACAUGCUCAUGUCUCUGCUCGGACACUACAACAACUUCUUCUUUGCCGCUCAUCUUCUGGACAUUGCCAUGGGUGUCAAAACCCUUCGCACCAUCCUGUCCUCCGUUACUCACAACGGCAAACAGCUGUUGAUGACAGUGGGCUUGCUGGCUGUAGUGGUGUACCUGUACACCGUGGUGGCCUUCAACUUCUUCCGCAAGUUCUAUAACAAGAGUGAGGACGAGGAUGAACCGGACAUGAAGUGUGAUGACAUGAUGACCUGUUACCUGUUCCACAUGUAUGUUGGCGUGCGUGCCGGUGGUGGUAUAGGAGAUGAAAUUGAGGACCCGGCCGGAGAUGAAUAUGAGCUCUACCGAGUGGUCUUUGACAUCACCUUCUUCUUCUUUGUCAUUGUCAUCCUGUUGGCUAUAAUCCAGGGUUUGAUCAUUGACGCCUUUGGAGAGCUGAGAGACCAGCAGGAGCAGGUCAGAGAGGACAUGGAGACAAAGUGUUUCAUCUGUGGGAUAGGAAGUGAUUACUUUGACACGACGCCGCAUGGCUUCGAGACACACACCUUAGAAGAACAUAACUUAGCCAACUACAUGUUCUUCCUGAUGUAUCUCAUCAAUAAAGAUGAAACAGAACACACAGGACAGGAGUCAUAUGUGUGGAAGAUGUACCAGGAGCGAUGCUGGGACUUCUUCCCUGCCGGAGACUGCUUCAGGAAGCAGUAUGAGGAUCAGCUCGGAUAG